AUUUUGUCCGAAAAUAGCCAUAAUUCGAUAAAAAAAUUAUCAAAUCAGGCCACCGACUGAGAAAAUAUUCCGUCGAAAAGUUAGGGAAUUUUUAAGCUAUGGGUUGAAUUUACUUCACAGUUCGCAGUGUAUUAAUUUGUUUUACAACCGCAACAUCUUUAUUCGGUGAAAAGGCUAUCGACCAUUGCGGUCUUUCCGCCUUUGUUUUAAUAAUACCUACAUUUUAUUAUUUGGUUUAUGUAUAGAUAUGUUCCUCCGCACAAAUUCAGCGCAACUCUUGUCAGCGAACGUAAUGUCUAGACGUGGCCGAAAAACCAAACGUGCAGCAAAUUAUGUAGAUGAUCCUGAUUCAUCCGAUGAAUUUGAUGCUUUUAUGGUAUCCAGUCUAUUAAGUAUAUUUGCCUCUCAUAGAGCACCUAGAACAAAAAAGCCGACCACCAACAAAAGAAAACCGUCCUGUCAAUGUGAUGAUCAAAAUUGUCGCUCAAAGGCCAAUAAACAAGCUGCAAGCAGAAGUACGAGCUCAGUUCAAAGCAAGUCUAGACAAAGGAAUGGAAAAAAUACUGAAACCAAAUCAACAACAGCAGCUCCAUCCACUACUAUAGAUUUGGAUUCCGAUAAUGAGGCUCCAAACGCUGCUCAAACAAAAACGUAUGAGGCCAGUAUUCACAAUAAGAUCGAUAAUGUUUUCAAGGCACUAGAGUCAAGCGAUGAAGGUUUGUCCGAGGAGGAAACGCGUAAAAAGAAAGCGUGUGUCACCAGUUCAUCGGAGCCAAAGCCCAAAGACUUUUAUACGAUUUUAUCAGAUUCAGAAGGCGAAGACGAAAAACGCACAUUGGAUAAUUCUAAUUUUAAGGUUUCGUUUGUUACUUAUGGACCACAGAAUGAACAGUUGCUUUCAAGCACAAGCUCCACGAACAUAUCAAAUGCUACUGAUAAUAGCUUGACUGUAAAACCUAAAAAGAAUGCAACCGAUCUUCUAUCAUAUGUGGACGAUAUUUUAAAUGAAUGCGAUGUUAUAGAUCUUGACCACUCCAAUAAAUCAUCGUCCAUUUUAAGGUACAUAUUCAGUUUAGACGACUUAAAGAAGAAUGCAAAUGCAAUUUUGAAUGACGUUACAUCAUAUGCAGAAGUAUUGCAACCAAAGGAACCUGAGGCAAAGAAACCAGAUACUCCGGUUAAGGAGGUGCCCACUUGCCCUAUAUGUCUCGAAAAUUUAGGGGGUAGUAGACAGGCAAUGGCAACACUUUGUGGUCAUAUAUUCUGCAGGCAGUGUUUAAACCAAGUAAUGAAAACGACAAAGAAAUGUCCAUCAUGUCGUGUGAAACUCAACAAAGCCAAGUACCAUGCAAUUUACAUAUAGGCAUGAGUCUUACAUAAAUACUUCUUUUCCAAUAAAAUUAUGAAUUUACAA